AUGGGGGAGACGUCGCCAAGGGAGGAGAUCGAAAAGAAAAUCUGCACGGCGAAGCGUGCGGCGAGGAGUGAGUUGAGCAUUUCGAGAAGAGAGUGGUGUAAAAAUGGCUAUGCACAUUCGAACGUUCUCUCAACAGAUGGUCUGCUGGAUGUUGCAGAAAGAACGCGUUGUCAGGAUCUGAGUGUCAGUGACUUUGUUAAGUUGUAUGAGCAGCCCCGCCUCCCUGUGGUUAUCACAGGCCUUGCUGAUGCCUGGCCAGCAAAGAAUGAGUGGACAGAGCACCACCUGGAGGAGCGUUUUGGCCAGCAUCGGUUCAAGGUUGGAACUGAUGAUGAUGGCUAUGCAGUUCGAUUGGAGCUCUGCCACUUUCUGCACUAUAUGCAGAGCCCCAACCAUGCCCUGGUUGAUGACUCGCCACUGUACAUAUUUGAUGCCACUUUUGGUGACAGACACAGCAGCAGGAGCAUGCUCAAUGACUACAAGAUUCCGCCCUAUUUUCGUGAGGACCUGUUCCAAUUUGCUGGCAAGCACAGGAGACCACCCCAUCGGUGGUUUGUGAUGGGUCCAGCCCGAAGUGGCAGUUCUCUUCACAUAGACCCUCUUGCCACCAAUGCGUGGAACACACUGAUCAAAGGGCGCAAGAGAUGGGCUCUGUUUCCUCCAGGCACUCCAAAAAAGGCAGUGCUUCCAUCCAUCCUGGGUGUGGAUAGUGAGGCCGUCAGCUGGUUUUAUCACGUGUAUCCAUACACACAGAGUGCAGACUGGCCAACAGCAAAACCCAUUGACAUCAUCCAAGAGGCUGGUGAAACUGUUUUUGUUCCUGGGGGCUGGUGGCAUGCAGUACUGAACUUGGAGACAACAAUUGCAGUGACGCACAACUAUGCAAGCUCUUCAAAUUUUUUGAGGGUCUGGAAGCACUCUCUCAGGUCUCGUCCCAAAAUGUCUGCCAAAUGGCUGCUGGCUUUGCGUCAACAGAGGUCAGAUCUUGCAGCCAUUGCACAAGAAAAUAGAGACAGAGACUGCUUGGGCGCAUUUACGCACUCUUCGACCUCAUCUUCCUCCUCUUGUUCCACUUCAUCCUCAUCCUCAACGUCAACCUCGACCUCCUCCUCCUCCACCUCCUCUUCAUCCUGCUCUUCAUCGACAUCGUCGUCAACAUCUUCAACAUCGACCUCGACAUCAUCCGAAGGGUGCCCUAAUAGCGUUGAAGUUGCUGAUGAUAGCCACACUGCAAAGAGGCGGAAAACAGAAGAUUCGUGUCGAGGAGAUGGAUAG